UCUUUUCACAUUCCACUUAAGAACGAACACUCUUUUCACAUUCCACUUAAGAACGAACACUCUUUAUUCUCUCUCUCUCUAUUUUCAAGAGUAAAAAUGUCUCUCUUCAAAUUGAAUUUGGCUUUCAUGAUUGUUGCUGCAUUGUUGUUGAGCACUACAAUGGCUCAAUCUCCAGCCUCAUCUCCAAUCAAAUCCAAGUCACCCAGAAAAGCAAUCUCUCCGUCACCAGCCACCGUGACUCCACCGCCGGCUUCUUCUCCAACCACCGGAGAUUCUCCUCCUGAACAAUCAGCAUCUUCUCCGGCGGUCUCUCCUUCUUCCAUCUCUGGUCCACCAUCUGAAGCGCCAGGACCUGCUUCCAGCGCUGUCGUUUUGAAUAGAGUCUCUGUUGCUGCUGGAUCUGCAGUUGUGAUUUUCGCAGCUGCUUUGAUAUUGUAGACGUGGAAUUCUUCAAGUUAUUCUUUAAUUUUUUUUGUUUAGUUAUUUCAAUUUCAUUUUAUUCUUUGAUUUAUUUUGUACUACUGUUCUUAUGAAUAUUAGUUACAAAUGGAGAUUUUUUUUAUA